AGUGCACUGAAUUUUUGCUGACAGUGGCAGAACGACGGUCUACCAACCUCCAGAACGUUUCUAUCGAGACUUUAGCGGCUGAUGGAAGGUGGACCGCCUAUAACUACCUCGACGACAUGAAUGUGUCGGACCAUUCCCACAACCAAACCGAUAAUGGAAUUCACUUGCCAAUCUCUCCGGCUAACGACAGCGGCCCAUCUGGAAGUGCUAUUCCUGAUAACGGCGAGUGGCAAGGCGGGCACAUGGAUGAUGAGAUCACUACCUUCAACAUAGGGACCACAUUUCUGCGGUCAGGCUUCUUACACAACUUUGAUUCACAAGUCUUCGGUGGGGAAAUUGUCGGCGAAGAGACUUUGCCAUCGCCCACAAGAGGGUUGUUACCUUCCAACCUGUCAAGGGCUAUCAUGCAAUCGCCUUCGCAAUGGGGAGUAUCUAAUUUUGGUGAUAUCGACUUCGGGUCGUCCAACUGGGACUCGACAGGUUGGGUAGAGGCUCCCAACUACCAGUAUUUUUGGACACCUACGGAUCUGCUGAACAACUUGCCAUUCAAGCGAUUCAGAGAAGAUCUAGUAAUUCAUCAGAGCCGAUCCUCUAAUAUGGCUGGGGCCCACUUGGUUUCUACAGCUCAAACCCCAGUCACGCUCUUCCUGGAAGAUCUCAGAUCUUCCAUGUCAGAAGGGGAUAAAAAUCAAGGGGAUCGAUGGCCAAUAUAUGCGAAGCACCUGUUGUCAUCACUUGAAACUCUUCUGCCCGACGGGAAACUCCAGCCAGGCUAUGAUAGCAGACAGAGUCUAAUCACCGAAGAUGAGGUAUUUCAAACUAAAUUCAACCAGCUCUUGGUGUUUUCAAUUGCCAACAACUUUGCCGGUCUCGAGGAUGUUCCUGUCGAGAGCAUGCUCAAGUAUUGGAACCGAGCUGGCGGCAUGGCCUCUUUGUUGCUGCAGUCGUUGCAAGCAAGUCAAAGUCAUUCCGCAAAGGCUUUGGCACAAAAUCUUUUUCGAGCAGCCAUCGAAGCAAAUGAUGAGCAUGUUCUUAAAAGCCUGCUCUCCAUUGGCUCACUUGACGUUAACACCACGAUGUGCAUUGCCAAUGGCGAAAAGUUGACUCCUGUUGAGCGAGCUGCAUACCUUCAAGAACUAGGAAUAGUUGAGCUAUUGCUCAUUGCCAAGGCCGAUGUGAAUAAGACAUUCCCAAACACUGUGAACCCAACGUUGCAUUCACCACCGUUGCAUCCACGUAGGAUAUACUCGAGAGGGGCACUUGGAAAUUUUAUUUUGGGGUGCAGGACGACUACCUCAGAAGCUUUUGAACUUGGCAAAUUGCUAUUACGAGCUGGUGCCAGGGUUAAUGCUAGCGUUGCCAAGCACGCCUUGGAGCUUCUCAACUACCGAGAGCUGGCUUAUCUUAUUGUUUCUAGCGUAUCCGACUCUGAUCAUGCGGAAUUCAUGGGUAGUCGGGUUCUUGAGUACAUCGCACUCAGCCUUAGUGACCGACAGGCCGCAGAGGUUACCAACAAGCUCAUUUUGGCCUGUCAGCGGACGAAUUGCAGAAGAUGCUUGAGCCAAUUCCAAGGUCAUAUGGAUUCGGCUCUGGUACAAGGUGCAAAACGCGGCCAUUCGCAACUUGUUGGACUCCUCUUGCGUUACUCAACAACCCCCCACAGAGCCCUGAGCGCUGCAAUACAAUGCGGUAAACGCGAGUUAAUAGACACUAUCCUCACUUUGAAACCAGAUAUGGAUGCUCCUGCGCACAGCAUCUAUGAGUCGAGUUCGAUUUUCGGGCAGAAGCGGGGCGGCGAUGAAGAUGAGGAUGGUGAGACAACAUCGCUCGCGGAGGCAAUUAAGUCCAGAGAUGAAAGCCUUAUUCGGAUGAUAGAAGGUGCAGGUUCGCUGGCACACUUAAAUGAAGGAGGACGUUUCCAAGCUGCAAUCACUGCGGCAUCAAAAACAGGCAAUGCGAUAUAUGUGCAGAAGCUAUUGGAACACUGUCCUUCUCCCGAACCUUCACACAUGAGGAAGGCGGUAUUUCACGCUAUCCGAAACAAUCAAGAGCAGAUUUUCCGGACAUUGCUUGCAGCGGGAGCCGAAGUCAAUGAAGAGUACGAUAACUAUAAUGAUGAACUAAACUUACUGUAUGCUGCUAUGGUUUGCAGGAAUUCUUAUAUGGUUCGUGAAAUUCUGAAUGCGGACAUCAAGCCGUCAUCUCCUAUCAAGAUAAGGGUGUUCCAGGAGGCGAUUGAGUGGGGGGACAAAUCGAUCAUCGCGGAUCUUCAAUCUACUUUUCCUGGGACAUGGUUAAAUGGGAAUCAACUGUCGAAAGUUUUAGAGCAGGGUCAUAUGGAGUGGUUCGAUUUCAUCCUCAGCACGAAGAUGUUCUCAGGUUAUGCUCUUACGGAUUGCCUUAACGUUGCUAUUGAAAGAGGCGACGAGCGGCUGUUCCGUGAUCUCAUCAAACGAGGCGCCAAUCCCAUAGAAAACUCCAUACUUCAGCAUUGUGCGAGGAGCCGUCCUAAGAUGCUCCCGUGGCUCUUGGAGCAACACCCCUCUCGAAACAGUGAUUGCGCAGUGCCUGACUUCGGAACUUCUGCAUUGAAAGCAGUAAUAAACCAAGGCCUUGAGGGACUCGAGGCAGUCAAUAUCCUCCUUGGUUGCAGACUUGUUGACACAGAAAGCUAUUCAGACGGUGAAUUGCCUCUGGUGGAAGCAAUCAGAAUGAGUCAGAAUGGCAAUCAUGCCAAUUUUGCGGUGAUUAGGAAGCUUCUCGACAGCGGCUGCGAUCCAAAUUGCAUUACCGGGAAGGCUGGUUACCUACGAGGUGCCAAUGAGACAGCAUUCCUGAUGGCCAUUGAGACAAAAAGCAAUGGUCUGGUUCAACUCAUGAUUGAUCACGGUGCUGAUAUCAACAGAAAGGCUACCAUGGGACUGAAGAGAACCCCGCUACAAAGGGCGGUAGAGCGACUCGUGGUGGUGGGACUGCUCUCCAACUCGCGGCCAUCCAGGGCAAUUGCAACAUCGCUGCAAAAUUGCUCGAAUGCGGGGCAGACCUUUCCGCUCCACCAGCUGUUGUUAACGGCCGAUGGCCGCUUGAGGGGGCGGCAGAACAUGGCCGUCUUGACAUGAUUGAGUUUCUGUGGAAGAACAAAUUGGCUGGCUUUGGUGUAGCUGGCUUUGAUGAAAAGCAAUGUCGGAGGGCGAUGGAACUAGCGGAGGAGAAUGGGCACAACCCAUGUAGAGACUUGAUUGCGGAACUUUCACAGGCAAGCGCAAGUGCGAAUGUGCUGGAUGUUGAGUGGCGGGGGAGCCCGUUGGGUUUCGCGUGAGGUUGCUUAACAAGACAUGUGGCUUGCGUGAAGACAAUUGCGUUGAUGAUUGUUAGCCAUGAUUUUGGCGGAGAGAUCAAUUAUAGUUUAAUUGGCAACAUUUAUUGCCACAUCAACAGAAACUAUUAAAGUGCUUCUUUAUCUUCGUAACGGAAUGAUC